UGUGUCCCUCGUUCGAAAGGUACAUGUACGAUGAACCGCAACGUUAGUGUUAUUUCACAGUGCCUGGUGCUACUGCUACUGGUAGCCAAUGGUGUUAACUCGCAGAUAGUGUGUUACUUUUGUCAGAACUGUGCCAACAGUCCACUGGAAGCCAUCUCGUGUGGGGGAGGCGGCAUAGUGAAUCCUACGUAUCCUCCCACAUACCCAACGACGUAUCCGCCGACACCGCUCUACCCAACCUUGAACCCCUGGUACCCAACCUUGAACCCUUGGUACCCGACCCUAUCCACCAUUAGACCGUGGCCCAAGAAUUACGGUUACGUCUGCUACCGAAUACAGCGCUGGGUUCCCAGCAUGGGCCAGUACGUCACCGAUCGGGGAUGUGCGAUGCAACUGCAAACGUACGAAACGACCUGCAACAGCGUAUCCGGCAACCAGGGCUAUCAGUACUGCGAGUUUUGUAAUUCCCAGCUGUGUAACAACUGAGAGUUAAACCGAGGAGGAGUCACGCGAAAAGCACAAGGAGCGAACGAUGGCCACUGCGACGGAUCCCACCAUAACCCCCGCCAUAGCCAAAUCAAUCAUUCCGCCGAAGGCCGGAUUGGCGUGAUGUGUCUGCGUGUGUGCGUGCGGGAGAUAGCGUCUGUAUCAGCGUUAUCGGCACAAUUCAUACAGCUUCCAAUAAACAGGUCAUACAGCGCCGUCCAUCCAAGCGAGUAUGGGAGAAA